GGAAGAAGCUUAUAAUGCAGUGAAGGAGAUCGUCUCCGAGGUGGAGCAGUACGUCAAGGUGUGGCUCCAGUACCAGUGUCUGUGGGACAUGCAGGCCGAGAACAUCUACAACCGUCUGGGAGAAGAUCUCAACAAGUGGCAGGCGCUGCUCGUGCAGAUCCGCAAAGCUCGAGGCACGUUUGACAACGCAGAAACCAGGAAGGAGUUCGGACCGGCCGUCAUCGACUACGGCAAGGUCCAGUCCAAGGUGAAUCUGAAGUAUGACUCGUGGCAUAAGGAGGUGCUCAGUAAGUUUGGACAGAUGUUGGGCAACAACAUGCAGGACUUCCACUCGCAGAUCUCCAAG